AUGGAGGGAUCAUCAAAGGGGAAUUCGAGCUCGGCGGCAGCGGCGGCGGCGGCGGCGCCUUUUCUCGUGAAAACGUACGAAAUGGUUGAUAACCCUCUGACCGACGCCGUCGUUUCUUGGAGCCGCUCGGGCCUUAGUUUCGCCGUCUGGAACCCGACUCAGUUUGCCGCAGAUUUGCUGCCAAAAUAUUUCAAGCACAACAACUUCUCCAGCUUCAUCCGACAACUCAAUACUUAUGGGUUCCGGAAGUCGGAUCCGGAGCGAUGGGAGUUUGCGAACGAGGAGUUCGUGAGAGGGCAGAGACAUCUGCUGGGAAACAUACGGCGGCGCAAGCCGGUCCACAGCCACUCGCGCCAAACGAACCCAGACCCACUAACCGACCCGGAGAGGCGUGAAUUUCUCGGAACCAUCAAGCGUCUGAAGCAGGAGAAGCAGUCGCUCCAGUCGGAGCUCGAGAGGCACAAGAACGUGAAUCGAGAGUACGAGAGGCAGAUCAGAUUGUUGGCCCAGGCGCUGGACGAAUUUGAGCAACGAUGCAAAAACCCGUCCAAGAGGAGGUGCCGAGCGGCGGGGGCAGACAUGGAUCAAGUGACUUUCUGUGAAGGGCUUGUCUGCCAGAUUCCCAAUCCCGGCUUGAAUGAGGACUGUUAUAGUGAUUAUAGUAAUGAAGAUCGUGUCGUGGAGCCCGUGUGCGAGAGCCCGCCGAUAUCGUCCAUCUGCAUCGAUUUUGAGGGCAUUGAUAAUUCAUCAGGCGCGAAUACAUCGGUGGAUGAAGGGUUGGGUGCUUCUCAGACGGCAACUGGUGCAGGCCCAGGGGCUAAUGACGUAUUUUGGCAGCAGUUUCUGACCGAUGCAGAGAGAAACAUAGAUAGUGAUGUUGAUGAUGACAAUGAUGAUUAUAAGAAGAAGGUUGAUGAGUUUGGAGGUGAUUUGGCUAAUUACGAGCACAAGCAGCCUUGGUCGGUAAAUGAGGAUUACAAGCCUAACCUGCAAAUGAUGGGACAAUGUUUGUGA